GGCGUAUCAGCGUCUUUGGGUAUUUUUUGUAGUCUAUGGAAAUUCCAGAUUCUCAAUCCAGCUUUAGCUCGUGCUCAAUGCAUCCGACCCAGCUAUAUAAGAAACGCUCCCAGAUCUCUCCAAUCAAAGUAGAAUCUGAUUUUACGCUGUAAACAUGAACUGCCUGAAGGUCUGUGGAUUUUUCUUCGCGCUUAUUGCGGCUCUGGCCGCAGCAGAGGCUGGUACUCAAGUGAUAAAUGCCGGUGGCCACACGCUCAUCCAAACUGAUAGAGGGCAAUACAUUCGCAAGAACUAAAUAAGAAGCAAUGGAAAAUACAAAUAAAAUAAGCUAAAAAAGUAUAAAAUAUUUAAA